GACUGCUAGGGACCAGCCCAGCAGUUAUCUGGCUUUGGUGGGGGUUUUCGUUUGUUUGAUAAGGUUUUAUUUAUUUUUCUAUUACCAAUAAUCCCACAGUGAACAGCCAAAUGUCUGUAUACUGGAGUACCUGGGGAAGCUAGUCAUAAGGUAAAUUAGCUUUCAGUGGAUGGCUCCAAAAUGAUCUCCAGACAGGUUUUACCAAUUUGUAAUGUCACCAGCAGCAUAUAAAAUGUUUUGCUAGAUGUGGUGGUCCAUGCCUGUAAUCCCAGCACUCGGGAAGCUGAGGCAGGAAAAUCUCAAGUUUGAGGCCAGCCUGGGCUAGGUAUAGGGACUCUGUCUCAAACAGAAUAAAACCUUGUUUUCUACACACCUCAGAAAUUACUUACUAUAAGACAUUGCAAAAUUUGUAAACCGGAUAGCUGAAAGUCUCUUGAGGGCAGAUGUGAUGAUUAGUUUUGUUUCAGUGAUUGUGUUGGAGGAAUACAUGCCUAUGGUAACAAAUUUAAGUAGUACAGGAUUGCUGGUGGAGUGGCUUAAGCGGUAAGAGUGCCUGCCUUGCAAGUGUGAGGCCCCUGAGUUCAAACCCGAGUGCCACCAAAAAAGAAAAAAGGAAUAGUACAGGAUUGAUGGAUUGAUGGGAAUGUAGGAUGUUUCCAUGGUUACAGUGGUUAUCAUACAACAUACUUCUUUGCAUAGUUGCACAAGUAUAUCUAAAGAAUACAUUCCUAGCUGGUGUUUAGCUUCUUGUAUAAGCAUUUUUUUCUUGUGAAAAAUGACAAACAUACAGAUUGCUUUAUUUUUAUGUAGUAAGAAGGCUGCAUUCUUCCCACUUCUAUCCCUCAACUCCACUGUUACUGUCCCCAGAGGGGACCAGCAUUUUACCAGUUUUCAGUGUGCCCUCCAGAUAUGAGCAGGAAGAAGAACUUUGGCAUCAGCUACCUGGUCCGGGAUCGGCUAGGACAGGAAGCUUACCUCUCCCUCCUGUCUGACUGGGACCUCAGCACAGCUUUUGCUACGGCCUCCAAGCCUUACCUGCAGUUGCGUGUAGACAUUCGGCCCUCAGAGGACAGCCCGCUGCUGGAGGACUGGGACAUAAUCAGCCCCAAAGAUGUCAUUGGUUCUGACGUGCUGCUGACUGAGAAGCGGUCAUCGCUGACAACAGUUGCCCUGCCUUUCACACAGUCCAUCCUCUCUCAGGUUGGCCGUACCUUAUCCAAGGUCCAGCAGGUGCUGAGCUGGUCAUAUGGGGAGGAUGUCAAGCCUUUCAAGCCGCCCUUGAAUGAUGCUGAAUUUCACACGUACCUAAACCAUGAAGGCCAGCUCUCCCGCCCCGAGGAGUUGCGUCUACGGAUCUAUCAUGGCGGUGUGGAGCCCUCACUGCGAAAGGUGGUAUGGCGGUACCUGCUGAAUGUGUACCCAGAUGGGCUGACAGGCCGUGAGCGAAUGGACUACAUGAAACGCAAGAGUCGUGAGUAUGAGCAGCUCAAGAGCGAGUGGGCCCAGCGAGCGAGCCCUGAGGACCUGGAAUUCAUCCGCAGCACAGUCCUCAAGGAUGUGCUGCGCACAGACCGGGCCCAUCCCUACUAUGCAGGGCCUGAGGAUGGGCCACACCUGCGGGCCUUGCAUGACCUCCUUACCACCUAUGCCGUUACCCACCCGCAGGUGUCCUACUGUCAGGGCAUGAGCGACUUGGCCUCACCCAUCCUCGCCGUCAUGGACCAUGAGGGCCAUGCCUUUGUCUGCUUUUGUGGCAUCAUGAAGCGCCUGGCUGCCAACUUCCAUCCUGAUGGACGUGCCAUGGCCACCAAGUUUGCCCACCUCAAGCUGCUGUUACGACAUGCUGACCCUGACUUCUACCAGUACCUGAAAGAGGCAGGUGCUGAUGACCUCUUCUUCUGUUACCGCUGGCUGCUACUGGAACUCAAGCGCGAGUUCGCCUUUGAUGAUGCCCUUCGCAUGCUUGAGGUCACCUGGAGUUCACUGCCCCCCGAUCCUCCUGAACACGAGGUGGAACUUGUUGGACCCUCUAGCCAAGUGGCAGACACUGGCUUCGGUGGACACAGGGGGCGGCCAGUUCGACAGAGGCACAUGCUGAGGCCUGUUGGUGGAGGAGGCAGUGUCUUCAAAGAUGCUGUGUGCCAUUUGGCUAGGUCCAGUCAGGGGCCUAGUGGUGGGGGGCGUCUUUUGAGACAAGCCAGCCUGGAUGGCCUCCAGCAACUCAGGGAUAACAUGGGCCCCAGGAGGGACACUGUGGUCCGCCUACCCCACCCUGCUGCCCUCAUUAACUCCAAGUCCCUCUCUGAGCCCCUGCUGAACUCCCCAGACCCACUACUGUCCUCCUCUUCCCACCCUGAUUCCCCAUCUUCCUCAUCUCCACCAUCCACCCAGGAGGCCUCUCCCUCUGGUGACAUGGCUGUAGGAUCCCCCUUGAUGCAAGAGGUAGGCUCCCCGCGAGACCCUGGGAAGUCCCUGCCACCCUCACCUCCAAUGGGCCUGCCCCCACCCCAGGAGUUUGGCCGGGGGAACCCAUUCAUGCUCUUCCUCUGCCUGGCCAUCCUGCUGGAGCACCGUGACCACAUCAUGCGCAACGGGUUAGAUUACAAUGAGCUGGCCAUGCACUUUGACCGCCUUGUGCGGAAACACCACCUGGGGCGUGUCCUGCGCCGGGCCAAGGCGCUCUUUGCUGAUUACCUGCAGUCUGAGGUGUGGGACUCAGAAGAGGGGGCUGAGGCCACAGCUCCAUCUUGAUCAGGUUCCCUCCAAUCCUCUAUCAGCCCCCUAAUCUCCAUUCUUUGUCAUGAGGGCCUAUAUGUGAGAUACCACCUCCCUGCCUGCCAUCCCUAGACCUGUUGGAGCCUGGGGCUCUGUCUCCUCAGGCUUGUGGGGGAGGAAAAAGGGGGCUGUGCUUGGCACCUAUGGAGGCUACAACCUCUUUUUCUGUUUUUGUCGUUUUGUUUAUAAACAACUACACUUUACACACAU